AUGGAGAAAAUCAGAGAAAAGUUGAGCAACUUGAAAUUGGAGGCUGAAUCGUGGCAGGAGAAGUACGAGGAGCUGAAAGAACAGUACAAGCAAUUGGAACAGGACAAUGUGGAGAAGGAGAACCAGAUCAAGUCGUUGACCACCAAGAACCAGCAGCUGGAGGAAGAAGUGGAGAAAUUGGAGACCAGUCUGGCCGAUUCCAAGCAGUUGGCGGAUGACUCGCACCACUUAAGGUCUAACAACGAGAACUUCAGCAAGAAGAACCAGCAGCUGGAGGAAGAGUUAGAAGAAAGUGACGCCAAGUUGAAGGAGACCACAGAGAAGUUGAGAGAGACUGACUUGAAGGCCGAACAACUGGAGAGAAAAGUGGUCGCUUUGGAAGAAGAGAGAGACGAGUGGGAGAGGAAGCACGAAGAGCUUUCUGCUAAAUACGACGAGGCCAAGAAAGAGCUGGACGAGAUCGCUGCUUCGUUGGAAAAUUUAUAG